AUGCAGUACAAUCAGCUGAAACGUUCGACCACCUCCACCAUGGCAGCUAAAGAUCUGCCACAGAGCCACCUACGAAGAGAGAAUGGAUCGAAACUGGCAUGUGCUAUUGAGGAGGAGGAGACAAGUCGGCAGGAAGACAGCAUGGAGGCCACAGCUCUCUGCACCAGGCUGUGGAUCAGCAUGUUGCUGCUGCUUGUUGCAGAAGUUAAGGUCUUCUGUGAUGCUCAGGAAGUUGAUGGUUCUGUGGUCCUGGAGGGUCCUCUCCAUCCUGUGAUGGUGGGGGAAUCUGUGACCUUCCUUUGCAGAAACAAGAGGACUUCCUCCAACUCCACAGCUGAAUUCUAUAAGAAUAACAUGUUAAUCAGUAGCAGUGAUGAAGCAACGAUGAUCAUCCACAGCGUCUCCAAGUCUGACGCUGGUCCCUAUAAAUGUAAAAUCUCCGGAGCUGGAGAAUCACAAGAAAAAUGGCUUUUUGUUGUUGAUGGUUUGGUCCUGGACGGUCCGACUUCUCCUGUGACGGAGGGAGACUCUGUGACUCUUCACUGCAGAAACAACAAGGAUCCCACAAAAAGCAUUGCAGAUUUCUACAGACAUGGCGUCCAUAUCCACACUGGCUACGAUGGAAAGAUGACCAUCCCCAGAGUUUCUAAGGCAGAUGAAGGACCUUAUCAGUGCAGCAUCUCUGGAUUUGGAGAGUCAGCAGAAACCCGGCUGGUUGUACGAGUGCUCCCUUUGUGGUUUCUGAUGGUGACAAAAGUUCAAGACAACUGUUACGCUCAGAGGAUCUAUGCAGAUUUUCCGGACGUCACACCAAACACCGCUCAGCACUUUGAAUACCAGUCCCUGUAUUUCAGCUGUGAGAGGUUUGAUCUGGCAUCCGGAUGGAGAGUGAUGAGGAAAAUCCCUGGAGAAAAUGGAUCAUGUGGAAUGAGUUGGGGAGUGUUUAACGGAUCCUUUUGCAUUGUGAGAAAUAUCUACGUGGAAGACAGCGGACAUUACUGGUGUGAAACUGUUGAUGGGAAGAAAAGCAACUCUGUCAACAUCACUGUUACUGCUGGUGCCGUGGCUCUGGAGAGUCCCGUACUUCCCGUGAUGGAGGGAGAUGUCGUAACCCUGCGAUGCAAAAACAAGACACCUUCCUCCCACGUCUCAGCUGGCUUUUAUAAAAAUGGCUUCCUCGUUAAGAAUGUUACCACUGGCACUUUGUCCAUCCACAAAGCUUCCAAGUUGGAUGAAGGACUCUACAAAUGUUAUAUCCCAGGAGCUGGUGGAUCACCAGAAAGCUGGCUGGCAGUAAGCUCACAUUUUGGGAUGCAGAGACUCUCCUUUGUUCGGAUCAGGUUCCUGUCCUUCUUUACCUCCUGA